AGUAAGCUACCCUGAAACUGCCUUGGCUAGCAACAAGCUAAGUUUAGUGACCAACGUUGUUAGAACAUGUACAUUGUACAUUUUGUGAUGGCGCACUACAGUACAGUACAGUAUAGUAUAGUAGAGUAGGUGUUAUCUUUUAACAUGAGUGGUGGCAUCAAAUAGCUGACGUAAAUCAACAGUUUACGCACGGUUUCAAUACUGUGAAGAGGAUUGAGCGCUCAGUAACUAAGAAUCUUUGCUGCAAAUACAUAAGCAGUGGGCCAUUGACUUCACGUCUCCAAGUUCUCCCGACUCGCCAUGAGUGCCUCCGUCUUCUUCACCCCAGCCCAAGAAGACGAUCAGAUAUGGAUAGAUGGAAGACUGAGGACGGGUGGCGAGGAAGACCGUAGCGCUUCGGCUCUCACUGGUGACGAGGCCCGAGACUUCUACCGAAGCCUUCUGGCGGAAAAAGAGCAGGGCCAGGAAGCAAGAGGAGAACCCUCAGGCAAAAGAGGCAAGACAACCAAGGGAUCAAGGGAGCAGAGGAGGAGAGCUGGUCCACAUCACAGGAGGGGUGAGGAAAGAAGAGGAGGAGGAGGAAGAGCAGCAGCAGCAGGAGGUGGCAGCGGAACGAGAGGAGGAGGAGGAGGAGGAGGAGGAGGAGGAGGCGACGAAGGGGGACGAAGGGGGGCGCAACCGCCCCAGGGCUCCUCCAGCGGCGACAAGGACGGACACCGGCUCCUCCGCGUGGCCCAGGAAGGGGACCUCGCCGCCUUGCGCAAACUUCUCAAGGGCCCGCGCCCGCGGGCGGACGUCAACUUCCACGACGGGUUCUACUGGACGGCGGUGAUGUGCGCCAGCCACGCGGGCCGGGCGGAGGCCGUGACGCUGCUGCUGGAGCACGGGGCGUCCUGGGUGGGCAUGGUGGACACGCAGGGGCGGGACGCACGCGACCUCGCCGAGCGGGCCGGCCACGACGACGUGGUGAGAGUGCUGGACAGACACGGCGCGGCAGGCGCGGCAGGCUCGGGCAACGGCGAGAGGUCGGCAGGAGCCAGCAUCCAGCAGCCCCCCCAGUGGUGCUCGGUGUGCGAGAGCCUGUACAGCGGGUCUGAGGCGCAGCACCAGAGCUCCACGCUGCACCAGUUCAACCGGGGACGCCUCAGCCAGCCGGCCGCGCCGCACUACUGCCUCCCCCCGACCAACGCCGGCUACCGCAUGAUGCUCCGCAGCGGCUGGAACCCUGGAGCCGGCCUGGGGCCAGAGGGACAGGGACCAAAACAGCCAGUCCGCACCAUACUGAAGCGGGACCAGGCCGGAUUGGGGUACGGACCAACCCCUCGGCCCAAAGUGACACACUUUCAGGCGAAGGACGCUCACGCGGUGGAGCGGCCGACUAAGUCGACGGAGAGACGAGAGAAGGGGACGACACUCAACGCCAAGGCUCUGAAGAGGAGAGAGGACAGACAGAGGACCUGGGAGAGAGACUUUCGGACUUCGUUUAAUUAUGACCUGUGACUAGGAAACGAGUGUGUUGUUGUUACGAGGAGCGAGCAGCCAGAUAACUCAGACCGAAAAAAUCUAAAUUGGACUUCUGCAGACAGCGUUUGAGAAUGAGUCAACCGAUGAACAGAGCUGUGAUGAGAUGAGCACAUUAUUGGAGAAAUACCUUUUGAUUAAUAUUUAUAUAAGUUUUAUGUAUUGGGCUUUUGUUUUUUUGUGAAAUAUACUGACUUUUUGUCAAAAUGUGUGGUUGUUUGCUUAUGCACACAUUGUGUUAUUUGUCAAUAGAGAUGAACAUGUUGACUAGUUUAAAUGACCGAAAUGUAUUCUGUAGACACUCUCCUCUAAGGGCAUGUGGAGGCAAGCCUCCAGUCUGUAUUACAUCAUCACUGGUGUUGCAUAACCAUGUGCCAGCUACUGUGUACAGAGGUUCCUCAGGUCGUAAAUGUGUGUGUGUCUGUGUGUGUGUCUGUGUGUGUGUCUGUGUGUGUGUCUGUGUGUGUG